AUGUGGAAACAAAGAAAGUCAGCAGGUACCAAAGGUAUAAAAUUGCUUCACGACAAUGCUCGACCCCAUACUCAUUCCAAUGUUAUUAAUUAUUUAACAGAAGAAGGUAUUAUUAUAAUGCCGCAUCCACCAUAUUCACCUGACCUUGCACCAUGUGAUUAUUGGCUAAAUGAUUAUAUCAGGCAUCAUUUAACUGACCAAGCAAAUGAAAAGUAA